AUCGAGAUCCGUUAUUAUCCCACUGUGAAUGGCCUCAAAGUCAUCCUCUAUACAUCCGUACUCCCCGCUAGCCUAUCCCCGCCGCCGCACCUCGCUUUCCGUCGCCCUCAAUUCCCAUCCUCUCCAGCCCCCCUAUCCCUACUCUUAUCCCUCCCACCGCCGACGAGCUGGCACAAUGCCCAGCCAACGCACAAGACGUUCCCGCGACACAUCCACAAGCCUCACACGCAAAACAGUCAUCGCCUUCCUCGUCAUCCUUUCCCUCGUCCUCCUCGGCACGGUUAUCGUGCUUUCCACAGUAUCAUACUACCUCGCCAUCCCCUCAUGGGCCUAUCUCACAGAGACUGAAGUUGCCUGGAGAGCAGAAGAUGUCAUCAAGCCUCUUCUUGAACAACCUAGACCGAAACUGUCGAAACGAGUGCAAUGGGGAGAGCUCGAUAGCGAUGUCCUCUCCUACAGCUCGACGGGUGCUGCUGCGUCCGCUUCCACCAUCUCUGUCGACUCUGCCACCAUGACUGCCGAAACUUGGGACGAGUUCAAGGAGGAGAUGGAGGAGCUUGAUGCCGCUGAAGAGGUCGAUGAAGAUAAUGCCACACAGCCUGAAAGUGAAGCUGUCGACACAGAUCCUACCGCCACCUCAUCUAUCGAAGAAGAUAAUGGUCAGUGGGGGAUUGAUGGCAUGGGCACUGGUUCAUACUGGAUGCGAAACGACUGGGACGGGCGUGUGCGGGACACCGAUAGCUGGGAAAGGCUGUACAAUGUUACCAACAGGCCAGGAGAAAACAUCCCUAGGUUGAUUCACCAGACAUGGAAAGACGACCAGCUACCCGAGAAGUGGAGAAAGGCUUGGAAGGAAUGCAGAGAAGGCAUGCCCGACUACGAGUACAUGCUUUGGACCGACGAUCUCUCUCGAGAAUUCAUUGCCAAGCACUACCCGGCUCACCUUCACAUGUACGACUCUUACGAGUUCCCUAUCCAGCGAGCGGAUUCUAUCAGGUACUUUAUCCUCCACCACUUUGGCGGUGUCUACAUGGACCUUGAUAUCGGCUGUCGAAGACGUUUGGACCCUCUCUUGCAAGGUGAUUGGGAGGUCAUCCUUCCUAUCACCAAGCCCGUCGGUAUCUCCAACGACUUGAUCUUUUCGUCCAAGGGUUCUGCAUUCAUGGACGGCACUGUCCACGGUCUUGCGGCUUUCAACCACAAGUACUUCUCCAACUACCCUACUGUCAUGUUCUCUACCGGGCCCAUGUUCUUGUCCGCCCAAUAUGCCAUUUUCUCCGCCUCACACCCCCUCACCGAGUCUCACCCUCGUUCUGAGAUCCGUGUCCUCCCCAAGUCUCUUUACGGGAAGAAUGCCCCCAUCUCUGACGUGCCCCACUCCUUCUUCUCUCACUUCUACGGUUCUUCAUGGCACGCGGACGAUGCUGGCUUUAUCACGUUCUUGGGCCAUUGGGGCAAGAGACUUAUGUGGAUUGGCGUCGUAAUCCUCAUUUGUGGUGCCAUUCGUCUGAUCUGGGUCAAGCGCAAAGCAGCGGCUGGACAUCAAUACCAACUUCUCUCCAUCUUACCCACCACACGCUCCCCUUCACCUUCUGGUUAUGACACAGUAGAGGCCAGCAAAACAUGCGCAGGUAGUAUACAUGUGUCAUGAGUGCUAAGGAACUACAACAAACUAUUAGAAAGAUUCCCUAGGUACAGCAAGGGAACAAACGUUAAGUAAAAACUAGUGAUGCCCGCGAAAGACUUCGCGCAAAGGGUUUUGGGUAAAUUAGUUCAAUUGCAUCAAGUUAAUUUUGGGAAUCACAUUCAGUUUUGGGUGUUAUGUUAUUGAGAAUGUACGUAUUCGUUCAAGUGUGUGGUAUUAUGAUGCAUUUAUUUAUGAUGCACUU